CUCUGAUUAGACGGUACAUUAAGCCCGACCUAAAAGAGGGACGGAAGAUUUCAUUGGUCAAUCUAGCUGUCGCUUUUCCAACCUAAGUCAUUUCAUUGGAUAUGUAACUUUGACGACCCCGCCCUCCGAGAGACGAGUUUCAGAAGGUUAGCUAGCACUUCCGGAACGUUUUCAAGAAGCGACGGAAGCAGUCGCCGGAAGAAGGUAGGCGUGGCCCGACAUAGCCAAUGACCGGAGUUUCCCACAGGAGGAGGGCGGUGCCCACUCAAAGGAUUACCCAAUGAAAAUCACUAACGCCCUACAGAAGAGCAGCGCCGGGGCCGAAAGGACGAUGGAGAAUUUCACGGCGCUGUUCGGAGCUCAGGCUGACCCACCACCGCCCCCCACAGCACUCAGCUUCGGGCCAGGAAAGCCUCCGCCUCCACCUCCGCCUCCUCCUGGCGGGGGACCGGGCACGGCGGCGCCCCCCACCACGGCCACGGCUCCCCCAGGUGCAGACAAGUCAGCGGCCGGCUGUGGGCCUUUCUACCUAAUGAGGGAGCUACCAGGCAGCACGGAGCUCACAGGCAGCACAAAUCUGAUCACGCACUACAACCUGGAGCAGGCCUACAACAAGUUCUGUGGCAAGAAGGUCAAGGAGAAGCUGAGCAACUUCCUGCCAGACCUGCCUGGGAUGAUUGACCUGCCAGGUUCCCAUGACAACAGCAGCCUCCGCUCCCUCAUCGAGAAACCCCCGAUCCUGGGUGGCUCCUUCAAUCCCAUCACAGGGACCAUGCUGUCCGGCUUCCGGCUCCACACCGGCCCGCUGCCGGAGCAGUGCCGCCUCAUGCAUAUCCAGCCUCCCAAGAAGAACAAGCACAAGCACAAGCAGAGCCGCACCCAGGACCCGGUGCCUCCAGAAACACCUUCAGACUCAGAUCACAAGAAGAAGAAAAAGAAGAAAGAAGAAGACCCUGAACGCAAAAGGAAGAAGAAAGAGAAGAAAAAGAAGAAGAGCCGACACAGCCCCGACCACCCGGGCAUGGGCAGCUCCCAGGCCAGCAGCAGCAGCAGCCUCCGCUAACAGGAUGAGCAGUCGCCGAGGUGGGACGGCUCUUCCUGCCUCGGGAGCACUGGUGUUGGAGCCGGAACCCGGACGACACAAGGCCAGGCCGAGGCCGAGGCCAGUGCUUCAGGAGGGAGGAAGGCUGUGCUUCUGCAGGCCCCGCCCAGUUACUUCCUCUUGGACCGGUCUUCCUCUCCCAGGAAGCAUUUUGUUUCUUUCCUUUGUGCAAUUUUGUCUGAUUUCAGGACUUGACUUGUUAGGGAUUUUCACUAAAAAAGUUGAAUUAUCAAACUGA